AGGAAAGUCUCUUCAUUUUCUCAUAUACCUCUAAACUUGCAGCUUAAGAAAUACCAAAAAGAACAUAUGUAAAUCUAAUUGAGAUUUUUUUUUUCAUUCUCGAAGAUACUUCUCAAAUAAAACCCAGUUCUUGUUUUUCAGAGUAGUUCUGUAUAAUCUCCCCCUUCAUCGAUUUCGUGAACUGUCUCAGUUUGAUUCUUAUCAAAUGAAAGCAUGUGCUGUGAAUGGGAGGGGUUAAACCCGAAGCCGAUUCCGGUAACAUCGAACGCUUCUUUUGAAGAUAGCAGACAUCCUAGUGUAGAUAUGAAUCACCUAACUGUAGUGACCGAAGAUACUUUUGCAAGUCUGCUUGAGCUUGCUGCUAAUAAUGAUGUCGAGGGCUUUAAACGAUCGAUUGAGAAUGAUCCUUCCGGUGUUGAUGAGGUUGGGUUGUGGUAUGGUCGUCGGAAAGGCUCAAAUCAGAUGGUUAGUGAGGAGAGAACUCCAUUGAUGGUUGCUUCUAUGUAUGGUAGCAUCGAUGUUAUUAAGCUGAUCCUUUCCUCUUUGGUUGCUGAUGUUAACCGUGUGUGCGGCCGUGACAAAACCACUGCCCUUCAUUGUGCUGCAUCCGGUGGGGCUGUUAACAUUAUCGACGUUGUGAAGCUGCUUUUAGCUUCCGGUGCCGAUGUAAAUAUGGUUGACGCCAAUGGUCAUUUUCCUGUUGAUGUUAUUGUUGUUCCUCCAAAGAUUCGAGAUGUGAAAUUAACUCUUGAAGAAUUCCUUGCAACUGAGAGUUCCGGUUUUGAUCUGAGUUCAAAGGUGUCGGCUGUUUCAAAUUCCGACUCCCCUCCUCUAUUGCCUUUGCAGGAAAAUGGCUCUUUGUCAUCUGGUUUGGAUUCCCCGGUGAAGUCAGAGAAAAAAGAAUACCCGAUUGAUCCAUCUCUUCCGGAUAUCAAGAAUAGCAUCUAUUCAACUGAUGAGUUUCGGAUGUAUUCGUUCAAGGUGCGGCCUUGUUCACGUGCCUACUCCCAUGAUUGGACCGAGUGCCCGUUUGUUCACCCUGGGGAGAAUGCUCGAAGAAGGGAUCCUAGGAAGUUUCAUUACAGUUGUGUUCCUUGCCCUGAUUUUCGCAAGGGGGCAUGUAGGCGCGGAGAUAUGUGUGAAUAUGCCCAUGGUGUUUUUGAAUGCUGGCUACACCCUGCUCACUAUCGGACCCGGUUGUGCAAGGAUGGUACUAGUUGUGAUAGGAGAGUCUGCUUCUUUGCCCAUACUCCUGAGGAACUCCGACCUCUGUAUGUCUCCAGCGGUUCUGCUGUUCUAUCUCCUCGAUCGAGUACUUCCAGUGCCACAGCUAUGGAUUUUGCUGCUGCUAUGAGUCUCUUGCCCGGAUCACCUUCAUCUGUAUCCGCUAUGUCUCCGUCACCAUUCACACCACCCAUGUCUCCCUCAGUGAAUGGCAUGUCUCAUUCCAACGUUGGCUGGCCACAACCGAAUGUUCCAGCCUUGCAUCUUCCUGGAAGCAACCUUCAAUCUAGUCGGCUGCGAUCUUCUCUUCAUGCGAGAGACAUUCAAGCUGAAGAAUUCAACUUUCUCUCCGAGUUCGAUGUGCAACAACAUCAGUUGAUGAAUGAGUUAUCUGGCCUUACUCAGCCGUCGUUGAGUUCAAGUUCUUUUAACCGAUCUGGUCGAAUGAAGCCCCUGACCCCAUCAAACCUCGAUGAUCUCUUUUCUGCUGAGAGCUCCUCUCCACGGUACUCCGAUCAAGCGUUGGCUGCCGCUGUUUUCUCCCCAACCCACAAGUCUGCUGUUCUCAAUCAAUUUCAGCAGCAGCAAAACAUGCUCACACCCAUAAAUACAAAUUUUUCUCCCAAAAGUGUCGAGCUUCCUCUCUUGCAGGCUUCUCUAUCCGGUAGAAUGUCUCCUCGAAAUGUUGAACCUAUCUCACCGAUGAACCCUAGGAUUUCGAUGUUAGCUAAACGGGAGAAGCUGCAAGAAUUUCGCAGCCUAAGCUCUAGGGAGCUCCUCUCUGGCACGGCUGCUAUUGUUGGUUCCCCGGUUAAUUUACAGUCAAAAUGGGGGUCCUUCAAUGGGAAGCCGGACUGGGUUGUUAAUGCUGAUGGGUCAGUCAAGCAUAGUAGGUCGUCGUCGUUUGAGCUGGGUAACGGGGACGAGCCUGAUUUAUCAUGGGUUCAAUCCCUUGUCAAAGAAUCUCCAACUGAUAUCAAAGAGAAAAUAGCAGCACCGGUCUCGGGUGAGGGUUCAAGCAUGAACUUGGAUCCGGUCGAUAAUGCUGCAUUGGGUGCUUGGCUCGAGCAAAUGCAGCUCGAUCAACUUGUGGCUCAGCAGAACUGAAACCUGAUUCGCUGAGCCCACCUGAGGUAUAGACGACAGUAACGUUCAAAUUCUUUUUUGUUCGGACAGGUAAAGAAGAAGAGAAGGUGAAGGUGAAGGGAAAGAGAUUGAGGUGAGUUUUACAAUGGAAACUUCGUUUUCACCAUUUUAUCAUUACUAUUAUUACAACAAAACAGUUGAAACAAGUUGAGGAUAAUCCUUGUCUUGUGUUUUAAAGAAACUAUGACCAGGUUUAGGUUUUUUUUUUUUUUUGGUUUUCUUCACAAUGUAAUAUGAUGAUGAUGAUUAACAUUCAACUAAGGUUUUAUUGCUUAAUUCCUAUUUCAAAUA